GUUAACCUUGCUGAAGCGCUGUGCUUGCAGCGGUGUCUAGAAGUUUUGGAUUUACGAUUCUAUUUUGUCGUUCGCUUAGUGGAAGAUGUUGGCAUUUCUCUCUGCCUUUAAGGGAGUAUUGUUGCAAGAACCUUCAAUGACUGUUCGUUUGAAAUGCUACCUUUUUUAUUUCCCCCCACCAGGUGCUGGUAGCUUUAUUUUCCAUGACAGAUUUUGACGACAGUACAUGCAAAAAGUAUAUAAAGAUGAUUGUCAAUAUAGUAAUAUUGAGCCUGAUCAUUUGCAUUUCCCUAGCAUUCUGGAUUAUGUCAAUGACUGCUAACACCUAUUAUGGUAACUUGCGGCCUGUUUCUCCUUGGCGCUGGCUGUUCUCGGUGGUUGUUCCUGUUGUCAUCGCUUGUAAUGGCUUUAAAAAGAAAAGUCUAGAUCACAGCGGGGCUUUAGGAGGGCUGGUAGUUGGAUUUAUCUUGACCAUUGCAAAUUUCAGCUUUUUUACCUCUUUGCUGAUGUUUUUCCUUUCCUCUUCAAAACUCACCAAGUGGAAAGGAGCAGUGAAGAAGCGUCUAGAUUCGGAAUAUAAGGAAGGAGGGCAGAGGAAUUGGGUUCAGGUGUUCUGUAAUGGCGCCGUGCCCACGGAGCUGGCGCUGCUGUACAUGAUAGAAAACGGCCCUGGCGAAGUGGCCAUCGACUUUGGCAAGCAGCACACUGCUUCCUGGAUGUGCUUGUCUCUCUUGGCUGCACUGGCCUGCUCUGCUGGGGACACCUGGGCUUCGGAAGUCGGUCCAGUUCUAAGCAAAAGCUCACCUCGGCUGAUAACGACCUGGGAGAAAGUUCCAGUUGGGACCAAUGGAGGAGUCACAGUGGUGGGGCUUGCCUCCAGUCUCCUUGGCGGUACCUUUGUGGGCCUGGCGUACUUCCUCACACAGUUGGCGUUUGUGAGUGAUUUGGACAUCUCUGCUCCCCAGUGGCCCAUUAUUGCCUUUGGAGGUGUGGCUGGGCUACUAGGAUCAAUUGUGGACUCAUACUUAGGAGCAACAAUGCAGUUUUCUGGCCUGGAUGAAAGCACUGGCCUGGUGGUCAGCAGCCCCACCCAGGAGACCAAGCACAUAGCAGGGAAACCCAUUCUGGACAACAAUGCUGUCAAUCUCUUUUCCUCGGUUGUGGUGGCCCUCUUGCUCCCAAUGGCUGCCUCCGGGCUUUGGCCCAGUGAAUGAACUUUCCUCCCUUCCCAACUGGUUGAUACUGAUCCUUUAAGACUGAUUUUUUUUUUUGAGAAGUGAAAGUGCAUAAAAGGUAUGUGCACAUUUUUCUUCCACUGGAUGAAGCUUCUUGAACAAUGGAGCAGUUAUUUCUCUCUGUGGCUGGAUGUUGAACUGAAAGGUCUGUCUAUGUGUUCUCUGUAAAAACAUUAUUUUGUUCAGCUUCUGAGAACUGAGUGUUGACAAUUUAAAAUGGUUCCCACUUUUAAGAGUCGUACCA